AUGGAGUUAAAUUCUAUUAUACAUGUCAACAGUGGUGAUAAGUGUUUAUUCUGGAAAGACAAAUGGAUAAAUGGACAAUCAUUGAAGACUCUUUUCCCUGCACUGAACUUGAAGGAGUCUGAAGUGGAAGAUGUUGCACAUUUAUUAAACUUAUCGCCAAUUAUCAAUACUAAUAAUGGCCCUGAUCAAAGAGUUUGGCUGGCAGGCAAUCAUGGAUUUCCCGUGGCAGAAUGUUGUAAAGCACUUGAAGAUGAAGGUUUGAUUAUGUUCCCUUAUAAGUCUAUGUGGAAUCCAAGAAUUCCACAGAAGGCAGCUGAAUCAAAUCAGCACAUUUUCUUGCACUGUGAAACUACAAGGUCAGUCUGGCAUUAUUUUUUAAGUUAUUACAAGUUGCAGUGGGUGUUUCAAGAUUGUGUUAGGAAUACUAUUUGGAAAUGGAGAAGGAAGAAAGGUGCUGCAAGGUCUAUUAAGAAAAAGAUUUGGGAUAUGUAUCCAUUUGCAAUUUGGUGGGCAGGAUGGAUUGAGAGAAAUGAUAGAUUGUUCGAUGACAGAUACAAUCCUUUAGACUCGAUCAUUGAUAGUGUCAAGGUGUUCAUGUUUAACUGGUGUGUGGGAACUGACAUUUUUCAGGGAUACCCUUUAAACACAGUUUUGCAAAAUUUGGAAGAUGCAGUGCGAUAUCACCGAUUCUCUGAAGAUAUCACCGAUGCAGGAAAGCAACAGAAGGACGAAUCUUUGGAGGAUGAGGAUAAAUCAGAUGAUGACGCUGGAGCCUAG